AUGCCUGGCCUUAGCGCUAACAUCCCCGGCCCGGCAGUCUCCAACAUGGUGCAGUACUUCAGCCCCGCGUCGGUGGCCAGCAGCCCGGCCCGCGCCCUCCUGCUGGUCGGCGUCGUCCUCCUGGCCUACUGGUUCCUGUCUCUGGCCCUGGGCGUCACCUUCAGGGUGCUGCAGUUGGUGUUCGGCCGCUUCUUCUGGGUGGCACGGGUCGUGCUGUUCUCCAUGUCCUGCGUGUACGUGCUGCACAAGCACGAGGGCGAGCCGGAGCACGCCGUGCUGCCCCUGUGCUUCGUGGUGGCCGUCUACUUCAUGACCGGGCCCAUGGGCCCGCACUGGCGCAGCAGCCCCCCGGGGCCCAGCAUGGAGGAGAAGCUGGAGCACCUGGAGAGCCAGGUCCGACUGCUCAACGUCCGCCUCAACAGGGUCCUGGAGAACUUGGACCGGUCCAGCACCAAAUGACGGUGCCCCGGCGGGCCGCCAGGCCCCGUGUCGCCAGCAUGUCCUCCGGCGAAAAGACCAAGACGGAAAAAGGGCAAAAGGGACCCGAGACAAUCCCAGUAAUAAACGUGACCGAGCAAAAGCGGCCCUUGGUAUGGGGGUGUUUCCACCGACGGGCGCUCCCAGGACGCGUCCCGUCCCGUCCCGAGGGUUGCUGGCACGCACACCGCACACCGUUCUCGGCGUGGGACUGCGUGCCGGGAAUCGAUGUAGAGGAGGAAAUAUUUUUUCAACAGAGGAUCUAAAUAACCGUAUUUGCUGUACAGCCAGAGAAGUUUUAUCUGUGCAUAGUGCAUAAAGUUAGUCGUCUCCCCGCCCCGGCCCCCCAGCUUUUGUAAGGCUUUUGUUUUUCUGAAUGAGGGUGGAUGGAGUGGGGUUUUUUAAAUCAAGAGGGAAGGAUGUGUGUUAGCGAUGGGUUGGUUUAGAGCCUCUGGGUUCUCGGUGGGAGAGGCCUCUGCCAGUUCUUGGGGCCCAGAGUUCUUACACGGGGCGUCGAGCAUGGCCACUUCUGACUGGGCUGUCAGACACCCAGCAGGUGAGAUGAAACAUCGGGAUCCUGGGAAUCCCGGCCAAGCCGGCUGCCCCGUCGGUUUUAUUUCCAAAUGAAACAACUGUUCUUUUCCAGGACAUUUUGGAUUAUCCCCUUCUGCCACCACCCCAGGACUUGGAUGUGUUUUUAACUUCCACAGCUAAAUAAGUAAAUAAACAGAACACUUCUUUGGGGUUGA